AUGCCGAACGUAAUCCAGGGGAACGGCGACAUUCCGAUUGUCCUCCCCCAGCAACGCCCUAGCGGGAGCCUCAUGGGACAUGGUAAGUAUUUCCUGCCUAACCCCUCCCAACUGUUGUACAAAAGGGUCUCUCUCGUGUCGGGUCCUGAAUUCUUCCUUCCUCACCAUAUCCACCCCCCAUUAACAGAAAUGAUCGUCAAAUCGAUUACGCUGGGGAUCAUCUGGCUUGGGGCAGUUGCAGCGAAGAAACAUGAGGCACCCGCGCGAUAUGACUUUGUUAUUGUGGGCGGAGGAACGAGUGGGUUAGUUGUUGCUAACAGAUUGUCAGAGAAACCAGAUAUCACCGUCGCGGUCAUCGAAGCUGGAGAUUCGGUUUUCAAUAACCCAAAUGUGACGACAGUAACGGGAUACGGAUUAGCCUUCGACUCGGAUAUUGACUGGGCCUACCAGACUGUGAAUCAGACUUAUGCUGAUGGCAGAAAGCAGACGAUGCGAGCUGGAAAGGCUAUCGGUGGUACAAGUACUAUUAACGGAAUGUCAUAUACUCGCGCCCAAGAUGUACAGAUUGAUGUUUGGGAGGCAGUUGGGAACAAAGGCUGGAACUGGAACACCUUGUUUCCAUACUAUAAGAAAUCGGAGCACUUUCAAAUCCCCACGGCGGAACAGGUCGAUCAUGGCGCCGACUAUUACAGUUCCUAUCAUGGAACAUCUGGACCCCUUAAAGUCGGCUGGCCAUAUCUCAUGACGAAUAGCAGUCUGGUACCCGCCAUCGACCAAACAAUGCGACAACUAGACGUAUCUUAUAACCGCGAUGUCAACGGAGGGCAAAUGGUCGGAUUCACAGUUCACCCUGAUACCAUCGAUAGAGAGGCGAAUAUUCGUGAAGAUGCCGCGAGAGCAUAUUAUUGGCCUUACGAAGCUAGACCAAAUCUAAAGAUCAUCACAAACACUUACGCAAACAAGAUACUUUGGUCUGACGACAAGCACGGAGACGCCGUUGCAACUGGAGUGGAGGUCACAAGCGUCAAUGGAACCGAAACGAUAUAUGCUUCGAAAGAAGUGAUUCUGUCAGCGGGAUCGCUCAAGUCCCCCAUCAUUCUGGAGUUAUCUGGCAUCGGAAACCCCGAUAUUCUCAGCAAGUACGACAUCCCGGUGAAGGUCAACAAUACCGCCGUCGGCGAAAACUUGCAAGACCAAACAAACAACGGGUUAUCAUAUCAAGGACGGGAGUUCUACACCGGCACAGCUACCUUCUCUGCACUCCCAUCAGCUCAACAGUUAUACGGAGACAAAGUAUCUGACGUUGCGUCCGCUAUAAAUUCAACCCUUGCAGAUUACGCGAAGGCAGUCGCUAAUUUCUCAAACGGCGCCGUCAAAGAGAGCAAUGUUCUAUCUGCACUCCAGAUUCAAUGGGAUUUGAUGUUCAAAUCCGACAUCCCGUUCGCAGAGAUUGUUUUCGUGCCUAUCCCAAAAACAUUCUUAUCAGAAUACUGGACUCUUCUCCCGUUUUCAAGAGGAAACAUCCAUAUCCAGUCGUCGAAUCCUACCAAACCAGCUUUUAUCAACCCUAAUUACUUCAUGUUCGAACAGGACCUCACCUCCCAGGCUGAUGUCGCUCAAUUCAUUCGAAAAAUCUUCCACACGGCGCCUCUGAGUGAUGUUGUCACCGACGAAAAUGAGCCCGGUCUAGACCUCUUAACUGACAAUGCGACUGAAUCUGCGUGGAAAGACUGGGUCAAGUCAAGCUAUCGGUCAAAUUUUCAUCCUGUUGGCACUGCGAGUAUGAUGCCCAGGGAUAAAGGUGGUGUGGUAAACGCCCAGCUCAAGGUCUAUGGGACAAAGAAUGUUCGCGUGAUUGAUGCUUCGAUCGUGCCGUUUCAACUGUGUGGCCAUCUGACUAGUACCCUGUACGCGGUGGCGGAGAGGGCUUCGGAUUUGAUCAAGAAUUCAUAUACUGCAUAUCGAACGUUUAGUUAA